AUGGCACCGCCAAAACGUACUCCGGCAUCAAUCCGUAAGUUAGUAGACAACAUUCGUACGACUUGUGAAGUAACCCUACAGUGGCUAGUAAACCCAGCAACAGUGAAAUCGUCACGCGAACUUCGCCGACGUAUACAAAACUUGGAGCAGCGUUACACGGAAGCUCGCCAACUCAAUGAAGAGCUUCUCAUUGAGGAUGAAACGGAAACUGGCGAAGCAGCUAUCGAACUCGAGAACUUGCUUCUAAGUACCAUGGCACAAGCAGAAACUCUACUCGAUAGCAUGGAAACGAAGGAAACAGUAGCUAGUGAAGAAAGUUAUCUGAGCUGCAGAGGUCCUAAGCUCAAUAUUCGUCUGCCUAAGUUAGGGCUACCAGAGUUCAGUGGCAAGCCUCCAACUGACAACUGGACGAGUUUCUUUCAACGUUUCUCAACUGCUCUUCAAGAUCCUGCAAUACCUGAUAUACAUAGGUUGGAAUACCUAUUCGGCUGUUUAAAGGGCGAUGCUGCCAAGUUAGUUGAGAAUAUAAAAGUACUCGAAGGUAAUUACGAAAUAGUGCUCCGUAUACUUCAAAAGAGGUAUGAGAAUAAGCGUUUAAAUCUCCGCAUCAACCUACAGCAGUUGUCCGAGCUGAAAAGUGUCAGUGAAAAUGAUGCGGAAUCCCUACGUAAGCUGGUGAAUACUACUACAGUAAGCAUUCGAGCUGUGGAAAAUAUGGGCUUUAAACGCGAUCAGUUAGCCAACGAACUGAUUACCCAGCUCGUUGUCACAAAGCUAGAUACACGUACGAGAGAAUUAUGGGAAACUUCGUUGAGUGAUUCGCUUACGAGCACAGAGGAGGAGGAUCCGGACGUUGACUCCUACACUGAGCUGAUGGAUUUCCUGGAAAAGCGCAUUCGAGUACUCGCAUCUGUCUUUGUUGCUUCUGAGAACUCCACCAACGCAUCCAACACUGGUACCAAGGCGCGUCAACAGGCUGCGUGCACUCGUAGCGCCGCAACGUUAGUCUCCAGCAAGCCAGAGAACGCCGACACAGCUCGUACCUGUCCUGUGUGUAACAAAGCCCAUGCGCUAUACCAGUGUGAUGCUUUCAAGGCUCUCUCACCUACACAACGCUACGAGAAGGUACGUGAGGCGAAGCUCUGUGUGAAUUGUUUUUCCAACUCACACUGGUCAAAGGCAUGUAAAUCUAUCAGAUGUAAAAGUUGCGGUCGUUCUCAUCACACGUUACUUCAUUCGGCGAAUUUCCAGCAGGCUACAGGUGGGUCCGCAGCGUCAGGUACUGGAUCAGGCACGCCAGGCACUGGUUCAGGUGCGCCAGGGGGUGCGUCGGCAACAGGAACGCCACAUGACACGUCAACACCGCAUAAACCAGAUCCAGCUGCUACUGUUGUUACAGGUGUGGCUCAACGACGUCUACGUAAUGUGCUACUCGGCACUGCGACGCUCUGCGCAUCACCCAGCGGCAAGGAAAGUAACCAGACGUGCACAGCAACGGCAUUAUUGGAUGGCGGAUCCCAUAUAACGCUCAUUACGAGUCAGGUAGCUAGACAGCUCAAUCUCAAUCUACGUAGAUCGGCGAUUCAGAUAGGAGGGGUAGGUGGCUCGCAGACCUCCGCCACCUCCUCCGCAUCCAUUCGCAUUACCUCGAAUGAUGGGCAGUUCUCAAGAGUUAUACACGCAUCUGUAGUGGAUUACAUUACUGACCCCCUACCCAGCUGCAGCUUCGCACCUCCGUCAACAUGGCAGUUCAUCACCCAGUAUCAGCUCGCUGAUCCGAGAUUCUAUCAGUCAAAAUCCGUUGACAUUUUGAUAGGGGCUGACUACCUGUACGAUAUAAUGCUGCCGGAAAUCAUCAAACAGGCAUCCGCGCCUACGUUGCUCGCUUCUCGCCUUGGCUGGGUGGUCUCCGGACCAUACUCUGCCUCAGCUAUCGAUUCCGGGGUCCGCUGCACUGCAACUACUGUACAGAGAGCCGAAUUCGACGCCGUAAGUCAGUUCCUUGGUCUCAGUGAAGAAUUAUCCGCGCAUCCGAAGAAGGAACUCUCUGUACAAGACGAAUUCGCCGAACAGCUUUUCAUCAAGACUCAUACUCGCAUCAACGGUCGUUUUUCUGUUCGCCUACCCAUCUUACAAGGCCAGCUUGGCGAAUCUUACAAAAUGGCGCAGCAGCGCCUCGCUAGAUGUAAGGUCAGUGACAGUUACCGCAAAUUUCUCCGAGAAUACGAAGCUUUAGGCCAUAUGACCAGAGUAAACACCCUCGGACAAGCGAAAUACUACAUCCCGCAUCACUCUGUGUUCCAUAAUGACAAAAUUCGCGUGGUUUUUGACGCUUCAAUGCGCACCACAAACGGUCUGUCACUGAACGACAUCCUUCCAGCAGGUCCAAUCUUGCAGAAACCUGUUUACGAAGUCCUUACAGUGUUCCGAACGUAUCGAUAUGCCUUCAUGGCUGAUAUCAUCAAGAUGUUUCGACAGUUUCUCAUCGAUCCGGAAGAUCGGAGCUGGCAGCAUAUUCUCUGGUAUGACGAAAAUGGCGAGGUAAUAGAAUGCGAGUUGAACACCAUCACGUACGGCACAAGGUGCGCGAUCUAUCUAGCGGUUCGUUGUGUUUACCAGAUUGCAGCAGAGAACAAGCAGACGCAUCCGGCAGCGGCGGCGGCGAUCCUAAAGGGAUCCUACAUAGACGAUUUCACCGGAGGAGCUGAGAGUCUCACUGAAGCCAUCGCACUUCGUGACGAAUUGAUUGAUGCGCUUUCAUCAGCUUGCCUGGAGUUGGGAAAAUGGCAAGCAAACGAUCCAAGCUUACUGCCAGCAAGUACCACCGCUCCGGAAUCUGCUGCCAAGCCCCCCGCACCUGCGGCACAAGGCCGCGCUCUUGGUGUUGAUUGGAACACUGAAAAUGACGUUUUCGAGUUCGUUUCGCUCGCCAACGUGAAGUGGUCUGGAAAGACAUUGACGAAGCGCAGCGCUUUAUCGUUUGUAGCCAGUAUUUUCGACCCCCUUGGCUUAUUAGCGCCUCUGACGAUUGCUGGGAAACUCCUAAUACAGCAGCUCUGGAGUGUGAAUGCUGGUUGGGACGAUCCUGUUAGCCCACAGUUCCAGAAAGACUUCGACGCAUUUUGCAAGAAAUUACCCACUGCUGCGGCUAUGAAAUUCGAACGAUACCUGCGCACCGGCGAUCCGAAGCUCCCAGCUGAGUCACAGUUCGAAAUUCACGGAUUCGGCGAUGCAAGCAAGCAGGCCUAUGCUGCCUGCGUUUAUGUUCGAAGCUGGCAAGAUGGAACGCCUACCACCUGUCUCAUCCGUUCGAAAACGAGAGUUGCGCCUCAGAAUCAAUCUCGCACCAUUCCUCAGCUCGAAUUAUGCGCGGCGGACUUGUUAGUUCAACUCGUACAGGAGGUAGCGGCGACGUUGAAUUACCCCCUUGCCAGCUGUUACAUGUACACAGACUCGAUGGUUGUUUUAGCCUAUCUAGCUAGAGACUCAAGCCAUUGGAAGCCCUACGUGGCUAAUCGAGUGAAACGCAUCUCCGCAGCUGUAACCUUCGAGCAGUGGCGACAUAUUUCCGGAGAUCAGAAUCCAGCAGACAUGGCGACGCGCGACGACUCAUUUUCGGCCUUCCAGCAACGCUCAACGCUCUGGACCAAUGGCCCAGAUUUUCUUCAGAAUGCUACAAGACCUCCGGCACCGGUGGUACGCGCCGAAUUUGACCUCGAUUCCGCUCCAGCGGCACAAGCUUACGUCAACGUAAUCUCAGUGAGCAAAGCUCCCUUCGCAGAAUACCCACCAGUGGCCAGAUACCUCAUCUCUCGCUACUCGGAGUUCUCCAGUGCUCGUAACAAGGUCGCAGCUUGGCUGAGAGUCAAGGAUUAUUUGCUCGCAAAAAUUCGGCAAACACCACUACCCCAAGGUCAGUUUUCAGCUCACGAACUUCGCCGAGCAGAAUUAGAAUUGAUCAAAGCUGCUCAGUUGGAAGCUUAUGGCAAGGAAAUUGAGAAGCUGAUGGCUCAGAAGACGCUACCUCGCCGAAGUCCUCUCUCAUCCUUAGCCCCCUUCUUGGACAAGGACCUUGUACGUGUUGGUGGCCGCAUAUCACGCGCCGAAUUGCCUUACCGGCGGCGGCAUCCGCUCAUCCUACCUGCCAACAACCGCUUAACUCAGCUGCUUAUUCGCGACGCUCACUUCAGAUUCGCUCACGCAGGCCUGCAGUUUAUACACUCGUAUCUCCGCAGCAGCUAUUGGAUCAUUGGAAACCUCACCGCACCGAUUCAGAAAGCGAUACGCACCUGCGCAAAAUGUGCGCGAUUCCGACGCAACGCACAGAGAAUACCUCCAAUGGCCGACCUUCCGGAGGACCGCGUACGUCCGAAUGCGCCAUUUUCGGUCAUCGGCGUCGACUAUGCCGGACCCUUUACUCGAAAAGCUGAGAUCCGUACUCGAAGCGCCACAGCAUUGAAAACGUACGUAGCUGUGUUCGUUUGUUUUAGCACACGCGCUGUGCACUUGGAAAUGGUCCUCGAUCUGACAACAGCGGCGUUUUUGGCCGCCCUCAAGCGUUUUGCGGCGCGCCGCGGUUCUCCGGCAGUUAUAUACUCGGACAAUGGAACGAACUUCACAGGUGCCGCCAGCGAACUCACUCAGAGAUUCGCGGAGCUCUCAAAAUCGCCUCAAGUUCAGGCUCAUUCAUGGCCGCAUCCGAUUGAGUGGAAUUUCAACCCACCAUCAGCACCUCAUAUGGGUGGGCUCUGGGAAUCGGCGGUCCGAAUCAUGAAAAAUCAUCUGUAUCGUACAAUCGGCUCAACUGUACUCACAGCUGACGAAUUCGGCACCGUUUUAUGCCAGAUUGAAGCCAUCAUGAACUCAAGACCAAUGACCCCGAUCAAGAGUUCGUCGCCAGAGCCGGACGCGCUUACGCCUGGGCAUUUCAUCAUUGGCCGCCCUUUAGUGGCUAUACCCGACGACAUAACGGAAAACGAGAAGAUCCGCUACGCUCAACGUUGGGAUCUCACAACCCAGUUGAGAAAUACGUUUUGGCGCAGAUGGUCCAAAGAAUAUCUCGCCUCCCUCCAGAAGCGCCAUAAAUGGACAGAUCCGGCUCGCUCCUAUCAGAUCGACGAUAUCGUACUGAUUCAGGAGAACACCUCGCCUCUCACCUGGCCACUGGCUCGGGUCAUUCACCUUCACCCAGGCUCCGACGGUGUAGCUCGUGUCGUUGACCUACGCACUCGAAAUGGGUCAACGCUUCGCCGACCUGUGGCAAAAUUGAUCCCCCUAUUGGACACAGACGAAGUUUCGACGCCAUAA